AUGCUUAUUCACGCAGAACACCUUUUCAAAAUUCCGAUCGAGCUCAAUGAAGUCUCAAUUAAAUGAAUGACAAUUGGAGUUUUAUGUCCGGUAUAAAAAAUAUAGGAGACAACAAUCUUCAAGCCUCGGCCAUGAUAUGCCGCUCACAAACAAACCCGACGCACCAGCAGUAUCACUCGGCGAAGGUGGCGAUGUGGGACUGCCGCCAAUCACCAACAACCUCAGGGAACAAUUCGGUCGUAUUCUCAUCGACAAGAAUCCAUUGUUUGAGUACCGCCUUGCCCGUCAGUAUCGCCUCGAUCUGCUCCUCUGUGCAGACGCCGGGGUCAAGCGCUUAGCAGAACUUAGGAUACUGUGGCGGGGGGUCCUGUUUAAACGCAAAAGUGUCGGACGGACCAGACGAACAAAUAAUAAUCCCCAUCGUCGUCAGGCAAUGGCACGACGGUGUCGAUCUCGCCCGUGGCAAUAUCAUUGUUGAACAGCACGCCUUGUUCGAGUCGUGCCGGCUUCGAUCCUUGCAAUGACGUGAAAGUGAGAGUAUUCAAUUGAUAUAUGAGAGAUUAUUCACAAUCAUUUAUCUCUAUAGGGGGGUAUUUCGGCAUAGUCGAUCGCGAGUCUCACCGCCUCGCCGCCCAUCCAGUUGCAGGCAAAGUCGCGGUCGCCAUAGAUGAGAGAAACCUUGAUGUUAUUCUCGAGCAGGAAGGCCAGAUCCUCGAUCCAACCUGGACGCGGAUAGUCGCCAAUGCCUCGGAAGGCUGUCGAUACGGCUCUGUUGGACUGGGUCCAGUUGAGGGGUACGCCAAGUGCGGCUUGGACGUGUUCCUGAUUCACACCACCCCUUGUAAAAUGGGGUAGGGAAUGCGGCCGGCUCGACCUGCGAAAUGUCGUAGUAGUUGCGGCCGGAGUGCCGAAGAUAUGGCCCGCGACCCUCGCUGGAGCAGUAGUUCUCAGCGGUGCUGCAAACCUCAUUGACGGUGUCGUUGAUGCCGGUGUUAUCUGGGUCCCAGACGGCGGAAAGAACGCGGCAGUCCUCGACCAUAUCGCGACAACCGCCGCGCUUAACGAGGGAGUCGACCAUAUAGUCAUAAAUCGUUUCAUUGACUGUUUCGAUACCGUAUGUGUUUUUGAAUGCAAACUCUGGGUCUGAAGGCCACUGCACUUGGCGGUCAAGGCAGCCGUUGAUGAUUUAUGAGGGUAUCAAGAUUCAAUACUUUCAUGUCUCCAUCGUCAUCUUUCCAGGUACCAUUUUCGAUCUUCUGGUUCCGUUCUUCGAAGUACGCGAAAAAUGCUGGGCCGUGACGGCCACCAUAAGGCUCAGUGGCAAGGCUGAUUCGAGAGUCCCCUGGGUGGUAACCGGGGAAUUCUUGGAACCAUACCUGCGCAAAGUGCCGAAGAGCAAUUGCAGCACUACGACUAUCCAGUGCAGUGUUUUCCGGCUCGUUACUAGGGUACGUUCCGACCAGUAACGUAGCAUUCUGCUCUGGAAUUGGAUCAUUGGGGCCCAACUUGCACUAUAUUCGCAGGCUCGCAAUAUUGGGGAACAGGAGAGUGAUCCAUACCUUCAUUGUUCCAUGAAUAUUGAUUCAGUAUCGUUGAAUUUGAAUCCGGAUUGAUGAUGCAAGGACCGUUUUCAACCAACAAGCCCAUCUGUUUCCGGCAGUCAGCAAAUGCAAAUACUGCUACCCCUAUCCACCUCUCCAUCUCCACCCUCAAGGAGCUUUGGUUUAGGGCUGUCGCAUCACUUGAUUAUAGCAGAGCAUUUGAUGCAUCAAAAGAGGAAGAGAAGUACGAAAAAGUUGAGAAGGCGAGAGAUAAAAGCAAACUGGGGGCGUCACCAUCGAAGAGCUCCCGGGUCCUCCAUUGAUCCAUUUAGACAAAGGAGCAUUCUCUGGAUCUUUUUUUGCUUCAAAAAACCAGAAGAAUGUGUUGAUGGGGUAGUCUUGGUUAUCAUCGAGACCCUUCAGCGUAUGACUUGACCCCCGACGUAGUCUCGCAAAGUCCUGGCUGCCGUUGAUGUGAGCUAGGGAUGAGUCUAGAGUAGGGAUAUGUUUGCUCACCUCUUUGUAAGUGAUCUUAGCACCAUCACCAAAUUUGGAUUCCAAGCCUGUGACCCCUUCUGGCUUGAGAAGGAAUUGGGCUAGAGCUGGGAGACCAGCUACCAAAAGGCACAGUGCCGAUUUGGCGAAACACGACAUGUUCAACGUUUAUAGGGAGACUCUCACGACCACCUGGAGGAGGUUAUUUCUGAAGAAUACGUCUCAAACACCACCAACUUCGACGCUCAAGGGCGGGCUGCCUCUGCCUAAAUAACUCCAGCAACGUCCCAUCCUGCUGGAAGAUAUCCGGCAGUCGUGUGUU